AUGGAUAACACUGCCGACAUCAGUCAUCUCUGGGAAAGCGAGGAGUACUCUGAUCUCGUCAUCAAGUGCUUGGGCUGUACCUGGACAGUUCACAAGUGCAUUGUGCUGCCAAAGUCGAAGUUACUUCGAGAUGCAGCCAACAGAUCCGACGAAGUUGACAGCAAAGGGAGGCUGGUGAUCGACGUCGACUGUUUCCACUGGGGAGGUCUGGACCUCAUACUCAGAUCCAUGUACGACAGCGUGGGGAGUGAGAACAGGCUGUCCGCAUGUUGCAGAGCACAGACUCUCACUGCCGUCCAUGAGUUGGCCAGGCGGGAAGGCCUGAUCGAACUCCAGGCGCAGGCAUGCCGAGCUAUGCUGCGAUUCUCGAAGGACAAAACGAAUAUGCGGAACUUCAAGGAUGUCGUUGACGCAAUGCGCAAGAUGGGUGGUCCGAAAAUGCUCGCGGUAGCAGAUGAGCUGGAGCUAGUCUGGGUUCCCAAGGCUUUGGUGGAUCCCAAGAACCGCGAGAAGCUGUCGGCGGAGGCCGUUCAGCGGUACAUCAACUCCGUGGAACCUCGCAAGAAGGGCAAACGUUCGGCGGAAGACGCACUCGAGCACAACUCUCCGCCUCCCGCAUACCGAACUGCGAGCGACUCGCACGAGCUUGAGAAGUAG